AGCAGGCCAGAAAGAGGCAGACACGCAGAGACGAGAUAAUUCGCAAGAAGGCCGAGGCAGACCUCAACAAGAAGAUGAGCCAGAACCGCAACAGACCAGGGCCUCCGGGCAGUGGUGAGGCACCGCAGGCAGCGGCAGCGGCAUCCCGCGGCAAGCGGGCGGCAGCGGGCACAGUAGCGGCGCUGCGACCAGCACCGGCGCUGACGGUGCGCGACGGGAUUUCAAUCACGGAGGCAGCGCAGCUGAUGGCAGCGAAGCGGGCUGACAGCGUGCUGGUGGUGGACGACGACGAGCGGCUGGCAGGGAUCUUCACGGCUAAGGAUGUGGCGUUCCGUGUGGUGGCCGAAGGUCUGGAUGCGCGGACCACGCAGGUGCGGGAGAUCGCCACACGCGACCCGCUCUGUGUGACUAGCGAUACGUCGGCGACGGAUGCGCUGAACACGAUGGUGGGGCGGGGCUUCCGUCACCUGCCGGUGUGCAACGACGAGGGAGACGUGGUGGGGCUGCUGGACGUGAUCCGGUGCAUGUAUGAGGCGCUGGAGAAGAUGGAGCGGGCGUACCAGUCGUCGAAGGCGCUGUAUGCGGCAAUCGAGGGCGUGGAGAAGGAGUGGAGCGGGCAGUCGGCGCAGAUGAUGCAGUUUGUGGAUACGCUGCGCGAGCGCAUGAGCUUCCCGGACAUGACGACGGUGAUCGACGGCAAUGAUCCGGUGAUUGUGGGUCCCAAGACGCCGGUGAUGGAGAUUGCGCGGCAGAUGCGCGCUAACCGCGUCACGGCGAGCCUGGUGGUGGACGACGAGUCGGGCGCCAUAGCCGGAAUCUUCACCAGCAAGGACAUUGUGCUGCGAGUGAUUGCGGCGGGGCUGGAUCCGCGCACAUGCAGUGUGGUGCGGGUGAUGACUCCACACCCCGACACUGUCGCGCCGCAGACGUCGCUGGUGGAUGCGUUGAAGCGCAUGUACGAGCGGCACUACCUGAAUCUGCCGGUGGUGGCCGAGGACUCGGGCGAGAUCCUGGGGCUGGUGGAUGUGCUGCGGCUGUGCUACGCGACGCUGGAGCAGAUGAAGUCCAUCCAGGGCGCCAACGCCGACGACCCGGCGGGCCCGGGCGGCCCGAUGUGGUCGCGGUUCUUCAGCGGCAACCUGCCGGCAGAGCUGGGCGGCGCCGGCUCGACGCUCAGCGACUCGAUGCAUCCGUCGCAGACCGCGUACUCGCACACGGCGCCGUCGUUUGUCGACGGCACUGCGCGGCUCGCGUCGGAGAUCUACCCGAACGAGUCGGCAUCGAUGAUUGAGGACAUUCACUCAGCCGUCAACUCACGCGUGGGCGAGCAGGACCCGUAUGCGUUCCAGUACCAGCAGGACCCGAACUAUGCGCAGGCCCAGUAUGCGGCGUUCAACCAGCAGAUGCUGAUGCAGCAGCAGGCGCAGCAGCAGAUGAUGCAAAUGCCGCAGGCCUACUCGAACCUGGGCAGCGCCGCCGGCCACUACGUGUUCAAGCUCAAGACCCCGUCGGGCAAGACCCACCGCUUCACUGCCCCGGCCAACGACUUGGACUUUGUGCGUGUCACAUGCGUCAAGAGGCUCUUGUCCGAGGGUGUGACUGACGCGCAGGCGCUGGUCGACGAGUCGGGGCUGGCAUACAUCGACGACGAGGACGACUUUGUGCAUAUCACCAGUGCCGCUGAUCUGGCCGACGCCAUUGAUCUGGCGAACCGCGAAGGCAAGGGCCGCGUGCUGCUGCAGAUCAACCCGCGUGCGCUGGCCUACCAGACCGCCGCAACCAAGGAGCCCGCCGAGCUUCCUGUGCAGGAGCUGGGUCCGCUGGGCAUCCCCGAGAAGUACCUGGUGCCUACGGCCGUCGGCGGCGGCUUUGUGACUGCGCUGUUCUGCGUGUGGCUGGCCAUGAAGCUGUCCAAGAACUAGGUCUUUUGCUUUCUUUUGUUUUCAUGUUAUUGAGAAGUCCCCUUUCUAGAAGUCAAAAGAUGCUACGCCAGGUACAUG